AUGGUGUCAAGACGGAGUAUACAUUCUCAAAAGGUAACGGAUGAUGAAAUUGCGACUCUUGCCCGUCUCCAUCAACAUCCACUAUCCCUGGCGGACCUGGUGAGACACGGCCGUCCACCUCUUUCAUCCGAAUCUCUCCUCUCUUCCGCCAACUUUGCACUCUCCCUCCUCCCAGUGCGCCUCGCCCACCGUAUCCAAGCUCUACGCAACCUCCCCUACAUCGUCGUCGCGAACCCAAACAUCUCUCGCAUCUACAACAACUACCUUCACUCUCUAUCCAUCCUUCUCCCCUACUGGCACGCGACCCGCGAGGGACGACCAAUCUCGACCCUCGAGGAUGAAGUACACUUCACCAAUGUCCUUGCCGAGCUCGUGGCGACGCAUACGGAUACGAUCCCCAUUCUCGCAAAAGGCUUUCUCGAAUGUCGGCGAUACAUAUCUCCCGAGGAGGUAACUCGAUUCCUUGAUCAGCAUCUCCGCGCUCGAAUUGGUACACGACUUAUCGCAGAACAACACAUCGCACUGCACUUUAGUUCCCAGCCGCAUUUCGAUCCGAGUGCCAGCCCAACGCCAUGUCCUGAACACCCUUCAUAUAUCGGAGUCAUUGACACAGCUCUUCGUCCAGCGCAAAUAGUGGAAUCAUGUGCUGGUUUUGUCGCCGACAUCUGUGAGCUACGUUAUGGCGUACGACCUCUGCUAUACAUCCGCGGCGAACCGGACACGACGUUUGCAUUCGUGCCUAUGCAUCUCGAAUACAUCGUCACCGAACUUCUCAAGAACGCCUUCCGAGCUACAAUCGAGAACAGAUCCAACGAACCAGUAAUUGUUACCAUCGCUCCAGAGCCAGCUUCGCCUAAAGAUUCGUCAACAUCCACUUCAAGUCUGCCUGCCGAGAACAAACAAAGCGAUACGAAUACGGAAACCAUACGCCCUCUCGAUGACAAUGCCCCAGGUGUCACAAUCCGUAUUCGCGAUCGCGGUGGUGGCAUCCCGCCAGAGGUCACCCCCAAUAUCUGGUCAUACUCAUUUACAACUUUCUCCGACGACGUCGACGAUUUCCCUGGAGACGCCAACGGCAAUGAUGGCGGGCUCAGCGCCAUAUCCACUGCUAGCACUGGUGGCAGUUCCAUCGCUGGUCUUGGCUACGGAUUGCCUCUGAGCAGGGCUUAUGCUGAAUAUUUUGGCGGGGGAAUUGCGGUGCAGAGUUUGUAUGGAUGGGGAACGGAUGUGUACUUGCGGUUGAAAGGCGUGGGAAACCUGGAUAAGCAGUAG